UCUCUCUCUCUAAGAACCAAAAUAAAAAUACCCACCAAAGAUAAAAAGAGCAAGAUGACAGGUUGUGCUUCACCUUGUGGUGCCUGCAAGUUCUUGAGGAGGAAAUGUGUUAGAGGGUGUGUUUUUGCACCUUAUUUCUGCCAUGAACAAGGUGCAACCCAUUUUGCAGCCAUCCAUAAGGUUUUUGGUGCAAGCAAUGUGUCAAAGCUGCUUGCUCACCUCCCUCUCAGUGGCCGCUCUGAGGCUGCUCUUACCAUCGCUUAUGAAGCUCAAGCUAGGCUCCAGGACCCCGUUUAUGGCUGUGUUUCUCACAUCUUUGCUCUCCAACAACAGAUUGUCAAUCUACAGGCACAGCUUGCUUCUCUCAAGGCACAAGCAGCUCAGAGCAUUCCCAGUGUCUCUGUUACUGCAAACCCUAAUGACAAAUACUUUGGAAAGCUUCAUAAUCUCCAAGAUGUUCAAACUUGGUUUCACCCAAAUAAUUCAAGCAUGGCACCAAAUUUUAACACAAAUCUCUCUACAAGUUCAUAUGGGUUGUCGGAUCCAACCAGCUCAUUAGGAAAUUUCGGAAACUCAGUCAUCUCAUCAGGAUCAGAAGAUUAUGUUACAACUUUUGAGGAUGCUCCUCGUUCCAUGUCUUCCUUUGACAUGCUAACAAACAACAGACAAUGGAGUAAUUUUCAGGAUGUGGAUGAUCUUCAAGCAAUGGCCUUCGGCUAUGCUCAACAUUCAUGAUGAUGAAAGGAUUAAAACCUGGUGAAGGCAUCAUUCCCAUCUUCCAGUUUUUGAAAUAUUGCAUGGUGCACAUUUUAAGAUAAAUUUAUAUGCACCUUCUGUGGCUAUAAAUAAGAGCUAGGAACCCUAAAAAUUUAAAUUAAUGUUCAUAAAAUCAGAAAUCCUAAAAUCUAGAAUACUAUAUUUGUUUUAUGUAUAAUCUAGUGUAACCCUGGAAUAUUAAUUUAUAUAGUAGUGUAAUAUUUCCUCUCUUUGACAAAACUGGAGAAAUUUAUCCGAUUUCUACUAGGGAUAUCAAUUUUGACCUAAUAAACUACAGUCGUCCUUUUAGUUCCUUUUCUACACAUACUUUCUCUUUAUAAAUCCUGAUAUUAGAAAUAAAUUUAUUUAAGGCUCUACUUAAUCUAUGUAUUUAAGCAUUACUCUUUAUAAACUCUGUUUAUUUGCAAGUACAUGAGUCUUAGUUGCUGAAAUAAUAUAAAAGGUAGUUAA